AUGGGUUGUUGUGGUUCUAAAAGUUUGUAAGCAAAAGUACCUAAAUAACAACAUCUACCUGAGUCACCAUCUGUACCUAAAGAACAACAAAGACUGUUGAUCUCUUAAUUUUUAAUUUAUUAUUAAUUUUAUAUUUUCAUAUUUUUACAAUACCUGAGUCACCAUCUGUACCUGAGUCACCAUCUGUACCUGAGUUACCAUCUGUACCUAAAUAACAACAUCUAGAAAUAGAAAUAGCCAGAAUGCAACAUGUAGGAUUACAUGUAUUCAGAAUUCAACAUGUAAGAAAAAUGCAAUUCUUAUAGUAUUUUACAAGAAACAAAUGAGACUCAAAUACUUGAAAAUAAAAUGAAUGAAGAGUAUUUUGAUUAUGUUGAUUAUUUAAUCGAGCAAAAUUAAUUUCCUUUAGACAUAAGACUCUACUAUUAUUUUACAUAAUCUUAAUUAGAGAUUUACUUAUAGAAAUCUGAUCAAAUUCAUCAUUAAAAAAUUUAGGAGAUCUUAAGACUUUAUAAUUAAAUAGAAAAAGCUAUUCUUUAUUCUGAUUUUAUUAAUUUUCCUGCUUUGAGUGAUUAUAGUUUGGAUCAUCAAUUUUUAGCUCUGAAACAUUUAGAGUCUAUGAUUUAAUAACCUUCCAACCCUAAAGAAUAAAUAAUCCAAUUCAAAAAGUAAUUCAAAAAUAUUUAUCAUAAAAUAAAUAUAAAGUAGCCUAAUCAAUUUGAUUUUAAUUAAUUAUUAGAUACCUAAGUAAAUUAAAUUAAUAAAUUUUUAAAUGAAAGGAGAAAUAGAAAAUAGUAGAUUGCAUAUAGAAUUUGA